AUGAGCGUUGAUCGUCUUGUCGAUGAAUAUACUGCAGAAAUUUUUACGAGUGAUGCUUCAUAUUAUUUUCUACUAAUUCCAAAUUUAAUUCCAGCCAUUCUUUACGAAAAUGUUGACGAUAUGAAUUGUAAGGAAGAUGUUAUGGAAGCUGUUGGGGAUCAUUUAAAAUGUUCGAUUGACGGUGUUACUGAUGAAGAAAUUAAUAAUAUUUGCGAAAAACUUAUUUUACUGCUUCAAGAUUGUAGACCGAACAAUUCGUCAAAAGUUCACGAUGGUUAUCGUCGGCUUGAAAAAGUCGUUGAUAUCAGUACACAAGCUAUAGAUUCGGAAGAUUUCGAAAGUAUAUGGAAAGUUACUACUCGUGAAACACCAACUGUAUUAUUAUUAAUAGAUAAAAGAAAAUUGGGAAGAGCGCAAGCAAAAGCGCUGGAAAAAGCGUCGAAACGUGAGCUUGAUGGGCAUUCUUCGAAAAAGAAAUCUUUCAUGCUUGCUGCAACAGCUUCCCAAACCCCUUCUCGUCGUGAUAUUUCUAGUGCAAAUAUUAUGGAUAUUCACCUUAAUAAUGUUGAUAUUAAUAUUGGCGCGAAGCAGUUGUUAAAAGGAACAGAUGUUGUAUUAUCGUAUGGUCGACGAUAUGGAUUAGUUGGGCGUAAUGGUGCUGGCAAAUCGACAUUUUUGCGAAUGAUAUCAUCAGGACAGUUAGUCAUUCCUGCGAAUAUUAGGAUGUUAAGUGUCGAGCAAGAAGUGGAGGGAGAUGAUACAGAAGUGCUACAAGCUGUUCUUAAGAGCGAUAUCCAUAGGUUAAAGUUGCUCAAUCGUGAGAAAGAAUUGCAGGAAAAUUUGCUUAGGUCUGAUGUAAAUGAAAACGACCGCAAAAAAUUCACUGCUGAACUUAUGAAUCUUUAUUCAGAAAUGCAAAUUGCUCAAUUAGAUAAGGCAGUUAGUCGUGCUGCUUCAAUUCUUUUUGGUCUUGGCUUUACUCCAGAUGAGCAGAAGCGUUCAACAAAGGAAUUUUCUGGUGGAUGGAGAAUGCGAAUUGCUUUAGCUUGUGCUCUUUUCAUCCAGCCUGAUUUAUUAUUACUAGAUGAACCAACCAAUAUGUUAGAUAUGCGCGCUAUAUUCUGGUUGGAAAAUUAUUUGCAAGAUUGGGCUUCAACAGUUGUUAUUGUAUCUCAUGAUCGAAGCUUUUUAAAUUCUGUUUGCACUGAUAUCAUUCACCUGCAUUCAAAAAUGUUGCAUCAAUAUCGUGGUAAUUAUGCUAUAUUCGAGAAGUCUGUUAAGGAUAAGCUAACACAACAGCAAAGAGAAUAUGAAGCGCAACAGCAAUUGCGACAACACACUCAGGAAUUUAUUGACAAAUUUCGAUAUAAUGCAAAACGUGCUAGCAUGGUGCAAAGUCGUAUAAAAAUGCUUGAGCGAUUGCCUAUUUUGAAGCCAGUUGAAAUUGAAACUGAGGUCACAUUACGAUUUCCUGAUUGUGAAGUCUUAAGCAACCCAGUUUUACAAUUAGAUGAAGUUUCUUUCAGGUAUACUCCUUUAUCUCCUCUUAUUUUUCAAAAUAUAUGCAUUGGAUCACAUGCUAAUUCGCGAAUAUGUAUUGUUGGCGAAAAUGGCUCGGGUAAAACUACUCUAUUAAAAUUAUUAUUAGGUGAAAUAAAUCCUGUGAGUGGGUUUCGAAAUGCAAAUCGGCGGCUUAAAAUCGGUUAUUUUACUCAACAUCAUGUGGAUCAACUUGAUAUGGAUGUUUCUGUCAUUGAAGUUUUGAUGAAUCGAUAUCCUGGCAAAACACAAGAAGACUACAGGUCAGCCCUCGGACGAUUCGGAUUGAGUGGAGAGUUGGCUUUACAGCCCGUGGUUACUCUUUCUGGUGGCCAGAAAUCACGCCUUGCUUUUGCUAAUAUCGCUAUGAUGAAUCCAAAUUAUCUUGUCAUGGACGAACCAACAAAUCAUUUAGAUGUGGAAACAGUGGAAGCUCUUGGAAAGGCAUUGAAAUUAUUCAAGGGUGGUGUUUUAAUAGUAUCGCACGAUGAAAGACUUAUCGAAAUAGUUUGCAACGAAUUAUGGGUUGUAAAAGACCGAACUGUGAUUCAUUUAGAAGGAGGAUUAGAAGAAUAUAAAAGACAUGUUCACAGUCAACUUGCUCUUUUAGCAUAA